AUGGCUGCAAGAAUCGCUCUGAUUCUGCUCGCCGCGCUCAUGGCGUGCGUCUCUCGCGCCGCAACGGCCGCGAAGAUCUCGCAGAUGUACGUCUUCGGCGACGAGUCGGCGGACGUGGGCAACGCGAAUUACUUCACCCGCGCGGCCGUGAAGGCCAACAAGCUGCCGUACGGCGUCAACUUCAAGCCCGCGUCGGGCCGCUUCUCCGACGGCAAGCUCGUCGUCGAUUACCUCGCCGAAUUCCUCGCGAUUCCCUCGCCGCGCGCCGAUCUCGCGCCCCGCAAUGCGUCGCUUCCUUUCAGUGGCCUCGACUUCGCCAUGGCUGCUGCUGGCGCGAAAUCCGGCACUAACGGCGGAAAGACGCGCGGGCUGCAGCACCAGUUCAGCGAGUUCAAGAAGUGGUUCAACGAGGCCAAGCGCACCAACAACCCCAACCUCAAGCUGGACGAGGCUCUGUUCGUGGUGAGCAUCGGUGCCAACGACUACAUUCCUGAGCUCAGCCGUACGCAGCCCAACAUGACCACCCUCGUCGCCCUCGCCUCCUCGGUAUCCAACACCAUUAUCAACAUCACUCAGUCUCUCUACAACCUCACCGGCUCCUCCAACGUUCUUAUUAUUGAUCUGCCAAAUCUCGGAUGCGCUCCUGUCGUGCGCCUUGCGGCGAAAUCCGGAAUCAACUGCACGGACGCUGGUAACCAGGUUACCAUUAUCCACAAUUUCGCGCUGCUGACGAAGACGGACAAGCUGAGGAACAACCCUGCCCUGCCCAUGCCGAACCUGGUGCUCUUCAAGCAAUCAGCCGUCUUCAAGACCAUGAUCCAAGUCCCCACCUCUGGUAAAACCCCUAAUUCCCUACCUCUGACGCACCCGUGCUGCCAGGCGAUAACAAGCACGGGGGUGGUCGUGGCGUGUGCGCAGACCAGCGGGACUGGCAAGGCAGCAGUCACAGGAGGGGCGUGUGCGGCGCCGGCCAAGGCCGUGUGGUGGGACGAUCACAACCCCACGCAGGCCGUCAACCAGAAGGUCGCCAACACCCUCUUCUUCUCCACCAACCCUGCCAUGGUCCGCCCCAACGGCCUCCGCAAGUUCUUCUCGCUCUAG